AUGCCGAAGGUGACCAUUGACAGUUCCUCCUCCGAUGGCCCCGUUCUCAACUUCUCAACUGACAUGCCCACAGUCCAGAAGCACAAAUCCACAGACUCCUGCUGGGUGAUCCUGUACGGCGUCGUCUGGGAUGUCACCCAUUUCCUUCCUGAGCACCCCGGUGGUUCCUCCAUUAUUCUGAAGCUCGCUGGCAAGGACGCUACUGAAGAAUAUGACCCCAUUCACCCUGCUGGCACCCUUGAAGAGAACCUCCCCGAAUCUGCGCGCAUAGGUCCAAUCGACCCCCAGUCCCUUCCCCAGCCUGUCAAAGCUGCCACUGAAGUCGGGCCCGCCCCAGAUACGGAAAAAGAGCUGCCCCUCGCCGCCUUACUAAACCUCGACGAGGUAGAAGCUGCUGCCACCAACAAGCUGUCCAAAAAAGGUUGGGCAUACUACUACUCCGCUGCCGACGAUCUCCUAAGCAAGGAGUUCAACAACACGGUCUACCGCCAGAUCCUGCUGCGCCCUCGAGUCUUUGUCGAUUGUAAGGAUUGUGAUCUCUCAACCACAUUUCUCGGCCACAGACUGGCACUCCCAAUCUUCGUCUCCCCGGCGGCCAUGGCACGUUUGGCUCACCCCGAUGGCGAAUGGGGCAUUGCGCAGGCUUGCAAGAAUUUUGGUGCCAUGCAGAUGAUUUCUAACAAUGCCAGCAUGACUCCUGAACAAAUCGUAAAGGAUGCCGGCCCAGAUCAAAUCUUUGGUUGGCAGUUAUACGUUCAGACUGACCGCAAGAAGUCCGAAGACAUGCUGGCGAGAAUCAACGCGCUGGAUGCCAUCAAGUUCAUCUGUCUGACUCUUGACGCCCCCGUCCCGGGUAAGCGAGAGCACGACGAAAGAGGCAAGUUCAGCAUAGAGGAUGCAAGCCAGGCUAUCAAGGAUGCCGGUGGCGCAGAAUUGAAAGGUGGCGGUGGCAUCGGACAGUCUUUAUUUUUCGGCACUGACCCAACCUUGACAUGGACCAAGACCCUGCCCUGGCUGAAGAAACAUACCAGCAAGCCGAUCAUUUUGAAGGGUCUACAGUGCCAUGAAGAUGCAUGGCUCGCAGCACAACACGCUCCCCAAGUCCGGGGCAUCAUCUUGUCGAACCAUGGUGGCAGAGCGGCAGAUACUGCCCCACCGUCCAUCCACACGCUCUUGGAAAUCCGAAAAUAUUGUCCUGAGGUCCUAACCACGCUUGAUGUGGUCGUCGAUGGGGGCAUCAAACGAGGGACCGAUGUUGUCAAGGCUUUGGCUCUAGGCGCCAAAGCCGUUGGAAUCGGUCGACCUGCACUCUUUGGCUUAGGUGCUGGAGGCAUUGAAGGUGUCGAGAGAGUUCUUGAAAUCCUCAGAGACGAGACUGCGACGGCGACCAGAUUGCUUGGUGCCGCCGGCGUCUCGCAUCUUGGGCCCCACCACGUCAACGCCAGGGCAGUAGAGAGGGACAUAUAUGACGGUGGUGCAAAUCUACCAGGUCUUUCCGGCGCUUUGACGGGCUUAUGGACCAAAUCCAAGUUGUGA